AUGUCCGAGCCCGUCUGUCAGGAUUGUAUUAGCGGUGUCCGCCACGAGGGCGCCCCCGAGGGGAAAAUCGAGCAGAUCAACGGCGUCGAGUGCUAUGUCGCGACACCGAAGGGAGAGUAUCCCAAGGACAAAGUAGUCUUGUUCCUCACGGACGUUUUCGGCCUUGCUCUCGUCAACAACAAGCUUCUUGCAGACGGUUUCGCACAGAAUGGCUUCAAGGUCAUCGUCCCUGACAUUCUCAUUGGUGAUCCUAUCUCCGAUGCACAGCUUAAUGAUACUACCUUCGACCGCGUUACUUGGUUCUCUAAGCACGGCGACGACAGCUGGACGGGUGUGGUCGACAAAAUCGUCGAGGCGUUACAGGCAAGCGGAGUGACGCGUAUUGCAACAACCGGAUACUGCUUCGGAGCUCCUCCGGCUUUCUAUCUCGCGAACAAGAACGUGUCCCAUGUGACCGUUGUCUCGCACCCUUCGCGCUUGCAGGUUCCCGCCGACCUUGAGAAAUAUCGCGACUCAUCAAAGGCACCGCUCCUGAUCAAUAGUUGCGAGGAAGACCAGCAGUUCCCAAAAGAGUCUCAGGCGAUUUCAGAUGAGCUCCUCGGAAAUGGCAAAUUUGCGCCCGGCUACUUGAGGACGUACUGGGAUGGUUGCAAGCACGGUUUCGCUGUCCGUGGUGAUAUGAACGACCCGAAGGUGAAGGCGGGUAAGGAAGGCUCAUUCAAGGCCACGGUGGAGUUCUUCCGCAAGUACCUAUAA